CGCCAUUAGUGUCUUGAUGCAAACGUUUUGUAAAGUGAUGCUCGACCAAAGACGUGCUGUUGGGUUGUGUGCUCUCUGCAGGACAGUGUCUGUACUCAAAGAUUGUUUAUGAAAUGAGAGCUUCACUCUGUUUUUGGUGUCCAAACGAUGGCAACAGAGCGAUACGUCUUCUUUCCAGCAGAUGGCAUAAAUGUUACAUCAUCCAGUUCAACUGUCAUCCACAUAUUAAUGAUUCAAAACAUCAAUGUAAGAUAUGGCUCGUAAAUUGACUAUUUCAACAGAAUGUGAAGGGGUUACAGUCUUGAGGCCAUGUCCAAUAUGUUUAUGUUUUGUUUGAUUAAAUCUACUGAAAUGAGCAUUUAAUUAUUACAUUAUUCUUAAUUACUUUCAUUACAUCAUGGGUUUGCAUUGCAAUAUUAGAACGCAUAAAACCCAACUUUAUUUCUUCUAAGUUGCGGGUGUUCAUUGUUUAGAAGUCCGCUGUGUUUCAUCCAAGCUUCUUCUUUGUGCUCCGAUAAUGCUGAAAGUAUCUGUUGUAUGCUUUACCUGCUCCAGUAACAAAAGUGUAGUUCACUGGACAUCGACAAGAGAUAGUGGAUGGAUCCAGAGGAGAACCAGAAGAUAGCCCGUAUAGAGCCUUCAGGUUCUGAAAAUGAUCAGGGAUAGAGCUAGAAGAUAGCCAGUAUAAAGCCAAGAAAGACCAGUAGAAAGACAGGAAGGAGCCAAAAUAGUUUGUAUUUUUUAUUUUGUAAUAUUCAAGCUCUUCUCUUAAGAUAUUAGAACUUCCUAUCACAACAUGUAUCCUUUUAUUCCAAUUAAAAAACGCUACUUUUUUGCUGCCAAUUGUUGAGAUUGUUUCACAGCUUUAUCUUAAAUAUUUAGACUUUUUUCUUUGCAUAUAGAUUACAUAGGAUGAACAGCACAAUCCACUCUGCUGGAUUCUGCUCUAAAUGCAUGCAAACAUCUCGCUGUAUCCAAACUCCUGCAGUUGUAUUGUUCUGGAUUCAUAGUGAAGUGUAUUAGAUGUUCUGCACUGUUAUUGUUAUGUAUUCUAUGUAAAGUGAAAUACCCAUAACAAAAUUCAGAAAAGAAAAGUGACUCACUUGAGGAAAAAGGUUCUGAACCAGUGAGAGUUCUUCAUUUGCACAUAAACAUGGUAAAAUAUUUAGAGUUGUGACCAGAUGGUGUCGCCCGCUGCACACAUUUAACGCUCUGUAUUUUAUUGAUUUAUUUAGCCUUUUAUACCACACUGCAAGUCUGACAUUUAUUAAUGAGACUACAGGAAGUUACACUGCAGAUUUAAACACUUAUAAACACAGCUCAAGUGUUUCACAGCCAGAAAUAUUCAAGCAGAAAAAUCAGUGCCUGUUUAAUCAAAGGGAAAGCAAUCAUCUAAGACAACAUUUGUGAAGCGGAUACAAUCAACUCAGCGUACAAGACACAUAAAUCCUGUGAUGUUUGGACAUAAUCCAGGCUCUAUGUUCACAUAGAGAAUGAUAUCACAGUGUUUUGGGGCCUAUGUCGGUUAAAAGCCAGCAGAAGGGUGUAUUAGUCUGUCAAAUAACUCGUAAAGUUGUAAAUUAACAAGAAAUAAACUGUGAUAGUGUUUGAAGCUUGUUCUCCCCCAGCUCUCCUACGUGAUGUCCGGCUGGCGUUACUUCGUCUGCCCGGUGGAGUUCAACAACGACUCCAACCGGUUCCAGGUGGACUGCGAGCCGUUGGAGCUUUUCCAGCUGCAGGACUACACCCUGCCCUCCGUCCUGGAGUCCUUCACCGGAUGGACCAAGGUGCGUCUGUAUCCGUUCCAGAUCCACAGCCUCGCUCUCUCCUCCUUCGCCUCCAUCAUGGGACCCUUCGGAGGAUUCUUCGCCAGCGACUUCAAGACAUCCUUCAAGAUCAAAGAUUAUGCCAACACGAUCCCGGGUCACGAUGGCAUUAUGGACCGGUUCGACUGCCAGUACCUCAUGGCCACAUUUGUUAACGUCUACAUUGCCAGCUUCAUCAGGGGCCCGGACCCCAGCAAGGUGAUCCAGCAGCUCCUGGCGCUGCGCAUCGACCAGCAGCUCCACAUCUUCAACUCCCUGACGGAGAAGGGUUUCCUGCCGGCGGUGGAGGACGUCAUGGCCUAGAGCCCC